GAAAAAUAAUGAUAAAGCGUGUGCAUGAGGGUAUAAUAGUAAUUUCAGAAUCAUGUAUCUGAUCUGUGGUCUGUUCUCCUUCUCUCCGGCCACUAUAUGACCAAUAGGCGGUGGUGGUGGUAUGUUCCUUUUUAACAGUUGAAAAAAUUAGGAUUCGGUUUUUAAAAAUUAACCCAAAAGAUUAAAAACAAAUUAAUUCAGCGAAGCGGAAGAGUAAAAUAGAAGAAACAGAGAAGAAGAACGAGAACGAAUCUUCUUCUUUUUCUUCGUCUUCUUCAUUAAUGGCGGAUCCUGGUCCUGCCAGUUUCUCGACGCGAGCCAAUGCCUUGCUUAGGAAAAACUUAACCUAUCAGAAACGGAAUCUAAGGAGCAAUCUUUGGAUUAUCAUGAUCCCUUUCAUGCUCUGCCUAUUUCUAGUGGCAAUACAAGUCCUGUUCGAUACACAGGUUAAUAACGCGGAUGAGAAUCGCUGUGGUUGUCAAUGUACUGUCACGAGUGAAGCUGGCAAGUGCGAGAAGGAGUCUUGCGGUAUAGAGUUUUCGUCUCCAGAUCAAGCAUUCUUUUGUUCCAUCGCUAGUCCUCCACGAUGGCCCCCGUUGUUGCAGAUUCCGCCUCCUGAAAGCCGUGCUGUUCGUACCAGUUUCCUCUCGGACAUUGGCCUGCCUGAUGAAUCUUGCAGAAGAACAGGAACUUGUCCUGUAACCAUACUUUUUACUGGGAAUAACCGUUCCGUUGGAACAAGCUUAUUUGACAAUCUGCUCACUAGUUCUGUAACGGUGAACUCCUCUGAUCUCUUACAGGAUUUAGCUAACAAUGUCUUGGGUACAGCAAGAGAGGCAGAUUUCACCAAUUAUCUUGAUCCAGGGAUUGCCUCAAAUGAUCCCAUCUACAAUAUCCGAUCUCGGUGCAUUUCAAACGCUACGUUGCCAUUCUCAUUCGGACAAAAACCUCUCGAGUUUCAGAAAGAAUUGAGAUGUGUUCAAGAAUUGAAUAUCUGGCGAAAUAAGUCCAUAGAGGUCAAUGAUGUGAUAUUCAAGGGUUAUCAGAAAGGAAAUCCUGAGGGGAAAGCAAAUGAGAUUGCUGCAGCAUACGAUCUUUUGAACACGGAUAGGAACAACUUUAAUGUGCACAUAUGGUAUAAUUCAACAUACAACGAUGGUUCAAGAAAUAGGCCUGGAACGUUGGUUCGAGUUUCCCGCUCAGUCAAUUUGGUGUCAAAUGCUUACCUUCAGUUUCUGCAAGGCCCCGGAACAAGGAUGUUGUUCGAAUAUGUCAAAGAAAUGCCUAAACCAGAAACUAGCCUUCGUCUAGACAUCGCAUCAUUAAUUGGCCCUCUUUUCUUCUCAUGGGUUAUUCUUCUUCUCUUCCCUGUGAUCUUAUCUUCAUUGGUGUAUGAGAAACAGGAGCGUCUAAGAAUCAUAAUGAAAAUGCAUGGGCUAGGAGAUGGUCCAUAUUGGAUGAUUUCGUACGCCUAUUUUCUCGCCAUAUCUACGUUUUACGUUAUAAUCUUGAUGGUUUUUGGGUCAGUAAUAGGACUCAACUUCUUUCGGCUUAAUGACUACAGUAUCCAGUUCACUUUCUAUUUUCUUUAUGUAAAUCUGCAAAUCUCCCUAUGCUUUUUAGUUUCUUCAGUAUUUUCAAAGGUCAAGACAUCAACAGUUUCUGCUUACAUAUACGUGUUUGGAUCUGGACUUAUGGGCUCGUUUCUACUCCAGUUUCUGAUUCAAGAUUCAUCAUUUCCUAGAGGCUGGAUUAUUGUCCUCGAGUUGUAUCCUGCCUUCUCUUUAUACCGUGGGCUGUAUGAAUUCUCACAAUUUGCUUUCCGCGGUAACCUGAGAGGGGCAGAUGGGAUGAAGUGGAAAGAUUUCAGUGACAGUGCAAUGGAUGAAAUCUUUUGCAUCAUUAUCGUCGAGUGGUUUGUCGCACUCGUUGCAGCAUACUACGUCGAUAAGAUUUCUUCAUCAGGAAAAGAUCUCUUGUUCUUCUUGAAAAACCCUUUCAAGAAAUCCUCUUCUAUGCGAAGGCCUAGUUUGCAGAGGCAAGGCUCCAAAGUCUUCGUCGAAAUGGAAAAACCAGAUGUCAAUCAGGAGAGAGAAAAAGUCGAGCAGCUGAUGCUUGAGCCGAGCACAAGCCACGCGAUUGUAUGUGAUAACUUGAAGAAGGUGUAUCCUGGUAGGGAUGGGAACCCGCCGAAGUUGGCAGUUCGUGGGUUAUCUCUCGCUGUGCCUUCAGGAGAAUGUUUUGGCAUGUUAGGGCCCAAUGGUGCUGGAAAAACCUCCUUCAUCAAUAUGAUGACUGGCCUCCUGAAACCAACAUCAGGGACAGGGCUUGUUCAGGGUUUGGAUAUAUGCAGUGAUAUGGACAGAGUAUACACCAGCAUGGGCGUAUGCCCGCAGCACGAUUUGCUCUGGGAGACGCUGACAGGAAGGGAACAUCUGCUGUUUUACGGGAGACUUAAGAAUCUUAAAGGCUCUGUUCUUGAACAAGCUGUGGAAGAGUCUCUAAAGAGUGUAAACCUUUUCCACGGAGGAGUUGCCGACAAACUUGCUGGGAAAUACAGCGGAGGUAUGAAAAGGCGGCUGAGCGUAGCCAUUUCACUUAUCGGAAGUCCUAAGGUGGUUUAUAUGGAUGAGCCAAGCACAGGACUUGAUCCAGCCUCGAGAAAGAACCUGUGGACUGUAAUCAAGCGUGCUAAGCAAAACACAGCCAUAAUCCUCACAACCCACUCAAUGGAAGAAGCAGAGUUUCUUUGUGACCGGUUAGGGAUCUUCGUAGACGGAGGCUUGCAAUGCAUUGGCAACCCAAAAGAGCUCAAGGGCCGGUAUGGUGGAUCUUAUGUGUUUACAAUGACAACAUCUUCAGAACACGAGGGAAACGUUGAGAAGCUGAUUCAAGAUGUUUCCCCAAACGCCAAGAAGAUAUAUCACAUCGCAGGAACUCAGAAAUUUGAGCUCCCAAAGGAGGAGGUGCGAAUCUCAGAGGUGUUUCAGGCAGUGGAGAAGGCCAAGAGCAACUUUACUGUGUUCGCUUGGGGACUUGCGGACACAACUCUUGAAGAUGUUUUCGUCAAGGUUGCUAGAACCGGUCAGGCCUUUAAUGUCUUCUCUUGA